UGAAAUUACAUCCAUUGUUUUUAUUUUUUCUAUUGUUCUUUGUAUAAAAGACAUUUGACGCAAAUAAGCUUAUCUUUCGGGGACACGGAAUAAAAAACAAAAAAUGCACGAAAUUGGAACAAAAUUUUCCAUGAUGAGACAAUGAGGUCAUACAUGAUGAAAAACUUGUAUAUAACGCCUUUCUUCCUUUUUCAGUCGAAUGCAACCCCUUAAGAUUGAUACGACUCUAUCCUCGGUUUCAACCAUGUCCUACAUGUCCAAAUUUAUGAUUGCUUCACCCAAUGAGAAGAAAAGCUCCAUUGAGCUAUACAGCCCUAAAUAUUUUCUUGCAUGCGGUCUCGGUGGCAUUAUCGCUUGCGGUCCUACACAUUCACUGGUGACACCUUUGGAUCUAGUCAAGUGUCGAUCGCAGGUGAAACCUGGAAUCUACAAAGGUGUUUUUGACGGAUGGAAAACAAUCUAUCGCAGCGAAGGUCUCCGUGGUAUUUUCACCGGUGUUGGGCCCACAGCCAUUGGCUAUUCGUUCCAAGGCGCGGGCAAGUACGGUCUUUAUGAAUACUUCAAAUACCAAUACGGCGUGCUCGUCGGCGAGGAGAAUUCACACAAGUAUCGCGGUAUCCUGUACUUGGGUGCUUCCGCCUCGGCUGAAUUCUUUGCUGACAUCUUCUUGUGUCCCUGGGAAGCUUUGAAAGUUCGCAUGCAGACUUCGCUUCCUCCCUAUGCCAAGACGACCAAGGAAGGCUUUAACAAACUGAUGGCCCAAGAAGGCUUGAAAGGAUUCUACAAAGGCAUCGGUCCACUCUGGGCUCGUCAAAUUCCAUAUACCAUGGCCAAGUUUGCAUCCUUUGAAGCCACUGUCGAAGCCAUUUACAAAGUGGUACUCAAGAAGCCUAAAUCCGAAUACAAUUCCAUGCAACAGCUUGGUGUCAGUUUUGCGGGUGGUUACAUUGCUGGUAUUUUGUGUGCUGUGGUGUCUCAUCCCGCUGAUGUACUUGUAUCCAAGUUGAACAAUAUGCCCAAGCCUGCGUCAGGAGAGAAGCCCAUGGGAGUGGGUGCAUUGAUCAAAGAAUUGGGCAUGAAAGGAUUAUGGCGUGGUCUAGGAGCUCGUAUCUUUAUGAUCGGUACCUUGACUGGUCUUCAGUGGUUGCUGUAUGAUACAUUCAAGGUCAAUGUUGGCCUUCCAACCACCGGCGGUGCAGAUGACUCGGAAAAGAAAUAGAGUUGUAUAUAGUAUUUGAAUACAUUUAGUUAUAUUGGUAUUUAUUCUCAUGAUUAAAAGUUAUUUAUGCCUGAAUUUUGAAUGGGAUGGUUCAACCGCAGCAAUCACCGACCAGUUACAGUGGGUCGUUUGUAUUUUUUCCGGCUUUUUUUUUUUUUUUUUUU